GAAUCUCAUACACAGACGAAGCCGGCGGCGAUCUGAGCAGUAAUGAAGAUUUGAGCUCAAGGCUGAUGGUCGAUUUCGACAAAGCUCCACAGGAGAGCGACUCGAUCAACUUCAGAAAUGACAGAAUCUCAGAUCCCGAUGAAGACGGCGGCGAUAUGAGCUUCUGUUACAGCGUUAGUGCUAGCGAAAAUCUGAGAUCCAGCAGCAGCAUCAGGGAAUCAGCCGAUGAAGGAGAUCCUAUGAAGGAGAGCAUUAUGAAGUCUGAGAAUCGGAGUUUUGGCUCAUACUCGACGAGCAGCGACGAAGGAUCCGACGAAGAAGAGAGAUCUCGGCGAUGAAAAGAUUCGUCCAUAUUUCUUCAAUUUUGUUCGCCAUCAAGAACAUGCAUGUUACCAUUUUUGGGAAAAAACUUUCCAGCGUGAAUUAUCCUCCAUUUUUAAACCUUUCCAUUUCCCCCUCUACCAAAAAAAAAAACUGUACAUUUUG